AUGGAGCGGGAAGAGGAGGCCACAGCAAAGUCGUCUGCCGUGUUCUCGAUGGCGGGGAGGCAGCGGGGAAGGAAACCGAGGCAGUGGGACGGACAGUGGCAGUCUCGCAGGCGGGCCGCAGCCGCGCUCAUCGUCGCCAUGGACGGCGGCGGCUACAGCCCGCGGUUCCAGCGCCAGGCCUCCUGCUCCUGCGCCCCCACCAUCUCGCGGUGGGGGUUCGUCCGCACGGGCUUUGACCUCGACGGCGAUGACGACUACUACGACGACGACGUCGCCUUCCACUCCUCGUCAUCCUCCUCCUCCUCCAAGGUCAGCGGUCCGGGGGCGCCCUACUACUCCGCGGGGGCCCCGCGGCCGUUCGCGCGGGCGAGGCUGAGGGCGCUGUGGCGCCGCAUCAUGCGGGAGAAGAAGCGGAUCCUGCUCUGCUCCACCGGCUGUGUGCCGGCGCACGCGCCGGCGCCGCACCCUACGACGCCUACAGCUAUGCGCAAAACUUCGACGACGGCGAGGCGUGGGUGGAGCCCAACAACCUCUCGCGAUCCUUCUCCGUACGCUUCGUCCUCCUCCUCCUCCCGUUGGCCUCGGCCGCCACCGCGGCGAAGGUGA